GUAGCUUUUUGGCAGAGUCUUUCGACCUUUCUAGGCAUACAAUGAUAUUGUCAACAAGGAGAGAUAGUUUGACUUCUUCUUUUAUUAUUUGGGUGCCAUUUAUGUCUUUCUCUUGCCUAAUUACUCUGGCUAAUUAUUUCUUUUAUAAUAUUUUCACAUGAAAAUUCUCCUAAUCUUAAGACCACACAUCACAAUGCCUGUGGAAAUCUCAUCUUGGACUUCCUCAGACACUUGUGGGUAAAAUCAAUUUUUCUCUCUGUCUUCUGCUUAAGACUUUUCAGUGGUUCUCGUCACCUACAGAAUGAAGUUGAAGCUCCUGCACUUAGCAUAUCACAUAAGACCUGCCGUGAGCUGUUCCCAACAUGCCUUUCUGCCCUCAUGUAUCAUUUCCUCCCUUUUCAUUAUUCUCAAUUACUAGUAAUUCUGUCACACAUUGUAUUUGCGUCUUUGUGCUUUGGUUCUUUACAUAAAACUCUCUUUUUACCUUUUGUUUCCUGGGAAAAACUUAUUUACUUGGGACUCUUCUUGGCAACCUCUGCAGGAAGAACACUUUCAUUGAACCCUAGCGCUGUCCCUAAUACCCUUCAUCUGGACUGUCAUAGCACCCUGUGAAUUUUUCUAUAUCAUUUUCCAUUUUAUAUUUAAAUUGUCUUUUUACUGGCUUAUAUCUCCCACUGGCAACCUAAACUGGCAGAGGCUGAUCAGAUCAUAAAUAUCUUUCUACUCCUAAUGCUAGGGUCAAUACCUGGUACAGAAUAUUUACACUUUUUGUUUAAAUAAACUGAGCUGACUUUCUUCUGGUUGGUUAUGUUCUGAGGCCCUAUCACUAAAACUUGGUCUUUUAUCUCAGAAGUUGAAGCCUCCCUUGGAGCCAGCUGCAAAGUUCCCAGAGCCCUAAGAGCCCCACAGCCAAUCACCUACAAAGUGGGCUGUCCUGAGUCAGCAUUCCAAACCCAAAGUCCAGAGUUGGAGCAGAAGCAGGAAAGGCACAAUGGAAGCUGCCCCAUCCAGGUUCAUGUUCCUCCUAUUUCUCCUCACGUGUGAGCUGGCCCCCGAAGUUGCUGCAGAAGUUGAGAAAUCCUCAGACGGUCCUGGUGCUGCUCAGGAACCCACGUGGCUCACAGAUGUCCCAGCUGCCAUGGAAUUUAUUGCUGCUACUGAGGUGGCUGUCAUAGGCUUCUUUCAGGAUUUAGAAAUACCAGCAGUGUCCAUACUCCAUAGCAUGGUGGAAAAAUUCCCAGGUGUGUCAUUUGGAAUCAGCACCGAUUCUGAGGUUCUGACCCACUACAAUAUCACUGGGAACACCAUCUGCCUCUUUCGCCUGGUGGAUAAUGAACAACUGAAUUUAGAGGACGAAGACACUGCAGGCAUCGACGCCGCCAAACUGAGCAAUUUCAUUGAGAUCAACAGCCUCCACAUGGUGACAGAGUACAAUCCUGUGACUGCAAUUGGGCUAUUCAACAGUGUCAUUCAGAUUCAUCUUCUCCUGAUAAUGAACAAGGCCUCUCCAGAGUAUGAAGAGAACAUGCAGAGAUACCAGAAGGCAGCCAAGCUCUUCCAGGGGAAGAUUCUCUUUAUUCUGGUGGACAGUGGUAUGAAAGAAAAUGGGAAGGUGAUAUCGUUUUUCAAACUAAAUGAGUCUCAGCUGCCAGCACUGGCCGUUUACCGGACCCUCGAUGAUGAGUGGGAUACACUGCCCACGGCAGAAGUUUCCGUAGAGCAUGUCCAAAACUUUUGUGAUGGAUUUCUAAGAGGAAAACUGUUGAAAGAAAAUCAUGAAGCAGAUGAAAAGCCUCCAAAGGUGGAACUCUGACUUCUCCCUGGUACUGCAUACGACCAACUGUCUACCUUAUAUAAAGUAAAAAGGCCCAACUCAAAUCUCAGAGACACUAAACAACAGGAUCACCAAGCCUGCAGACCAUACACACAGACAAUCACACACACACACACACAAUCACACACACACACAUGAGCUUCAUUUUCUUUCUCAAAAUCUCAUUUUCUCUUCUUUCUUUUAAAUGCCCUAUCCUCACCCCCUACCCAAUUUCCUAUUGUGCAUUCACACUGUGUGAGCCCAUCUAUAAGACCACCAGAUCAAGGCUUUAACAGACUCACUGUGGUAUCUCUGUGGAGAGACAUUCCUAGAGAAGGAUUGUCACAAUUUGUCAUUUAAUAUUAAGUUUCUAUACUGCACGUGACUUACACACAAUAGUUCCUGUUCUUUUAAGGUUACCUAAGGAUCGAAAAUCUACCUUCUUUCAUAAGCAACAUGUCCAUCUCCAACUCAGGACCAAAAACUAAAGGAUGGUUUUAAACACCUUUCUGAAAUUGCCUUUUUGCCAGAAGGUGAAGGCUGUCUCCAAGCCUCCGAACCCAGCAGAAACAGACCACGUGAAAACUCCACGCUUGAUUAGCAUUGCCAACUCCCCGUGUAAAUCAACAACCUGCAUAAUAAAUAAAAGGCAAUCAUGUUAUAGGAAAAGGCUG